AUGACUACUUCAACUUCGACACCUAGAUCUUCUAAGCCCAAGGUCUUGCGAGUAGGGAAAAUCGAUUUUGCUCAAGAAAAAUGGGCUCAAUUGGCCCAAGUAGCAGAAAUCGUUGACUGUGAUUCUCCAAAUAGAGAACAGUUCUUCGAAGACUUGAAGACAAAAUACUCAGAUGUAGUAAGCAUCGCCAGAACAUUUUAUAGCGUAGAACAAACCGGAAGAUUCGAUGCGGAGUUGGUCUCGCACUUUCCUGACUCUGUUAGAUCUGUGAGUCACAAUGGCGCUGGCUACGACCAAGUAGAUGUGGAACCAUUGACAGCAAGAGGCAUCCAGCUCUCGAAUGUUACUGUGCCGGUGGAAGCCCCCACGGCCGAUACCGCAGUCUACUUACUUUUGUCUACACUUCGUAAUUUCCAAAUUGGCCACGACUUGGCUGUCAAGGGCCAAUGGCCCACAGCAAAAUGUGGUGGUGCUGCCUUGGGCCAUUUGCCUGAGAGUCAGACUGUAGGUAUCCUUGGAAUGGGUGGUAUCGGAAGAGCUAUUCGCGACAGAUUGAAGCCAUUUGGUUUCAAAAAAAUCAUCUACUACAAUCGGAAACAGCUCACUCCUGAAUUGGAGGCUGGAGCUGAUUAUGUGUCGUACGACGAGUUGAUCUCUCAGAGCGACAUUAUCUGCAUCAGUAUUCCCUUGAACGCCAAUACCAGACAUAGCAUCAAUAAGGAAGUCAUCUCCAAGAUGAAGGACGGUGUCAUAUUGGUCAACACUGCCAGAGGUGCCGUCAUCAAUGAAAGCGAGUUGCUUCAGGCAUUGAAGGAUGGAAAAAUUGGAGCCUUUGGAUCUGACGUGUUUGAACACGAGCCCCAAGUUCCUCAGGAAUUGCUUGAUUUGCCUAACGUGGUCAGUUUGCCUCAUAUGGGAACGCAUGCUGUAGAAGCCAUGAAAAACAUGGAAGAGUUUGUAGUUGACAAUAUCUUGCAAUUCUUGACAACUGGGAAGGUGAAGACCAUCGUCCCAGAACAGUAUAGCAUGGAUAUUGCUUUGGAGCCAUUGGUCAAGACAUAG